CAGCUGCCGUGGAUGGGCAACAUCGGGCGUCCAAGUACUGGUUGCGGUCUAUGUCGAAAGCGCAGGGUCAAGUGCGACGAGGGACGACCGGGUUGUCGAAAUUGUGCGAGGCUCAAGAAGCCAUGUCCGGGGUAUCGUGUACCAGGCUACGGUACCAUCCGAUCGACUAUCUUCGUGCGCGGCCCACAAUCACCAAGUCAAGGUUACGGAUCGACAGAGAGUUUGCCUCAGGCCCUGUACUACUCGAGGCGAGCUACUUCCACAGAGGCUGAAGACAGCGAUGCUGCACAGAGUGAUUCGGCCCUGGAACUCUCCGCUCAACGUUUCCACAGACCCCCCUCCUUGGGCAAGCUUCCCCAAGAUGUGACUGAACAAGCUGUCUGGUACUCGCUCUCUCAACUGGAUGUCAAUUCUCGAGUCCUUUACGGCAACGACGCCUUUACUUUCCUCCCCGCCAUCCUUUGCAAAGCCGGCCCUCAUUCGUAUCUCCACGCGGCCAUGAGGGCUGUUGGUAUCAUUAACCUUGCCAACCGAUCACCCACAGUCGAUAUGCGGAACGCCGUUGAUCUAGAAUAUGCCAGGGCUGUUUCGGGAGUCAAUGCAGCGUUGGCCGAUCCUGAACAGCGACUGGGAGAUGAGACAUUGGUGGCAGUUUGGUUGCUUGGGAUGCGAGAACUUCUUGCCAACGUCACAGGUUCAGGCCAAGUCGAUCCAGAAGGUUCUUCGGCGCUGCAAACACACAUCGACGGCACCCUGAUGCUUCUGCGACUGCGCGGGGAGCAUCAAUUCUCCACUCCAGAGGGCUGCCAUUUGUACCAGCUCCUUCUGUCAUCCAUGCAUUGGAGACCGUUAUUUGCGGGCGAGGAACCAUCCCAGGAGUAUUUGAUAUUGGAGUCACAAAUUUCGAAAGCGGUGCAGGCUUUGCCAGAGGCGUCGAUUCGACUCUGCAGUUUCUUCCACGGUGUUUCGAAAUUGCGCGCGCGGAUCAAAAAUUUCCUUUCCAUCGACCUGGACCAGUCCGUAGAUCAAGAGAAUUUGGUCGCUUCGUAUUUCAAAGCCGCUGCAAAACUCGAAGGCAAAGUGGCUGGUUGGUGCGACGUAUCCGACUGGGUACCCCGACGUGUCAUCAUCGAGUCUUCCCACCUUACUGGUCAUCGAACUCCAUGGACAUCUGGAACCCUCUUUCGGCUUCAUUGCUUUGGAUCUUGGAACGGCUUCUUUCACUGGAACCGUUACUUUGUCGCCAAGAUUUGCUUACAUGCUGCGUUGCUGGAUGUGCUGGCGCACCUUGAAGCUUUUCCUUCAGCCAAGGUGGGGGAAUAUGAAGGACAAAUUUGCAGUGACUUGGUAACUAUCCAUACUACGGCCAUUCAGGAGAUUGUUCAAGACUUCAUCGGCACAAUGAGUUACGCCUUUGGAGAUGUUGACGAAAACGGGAACAGUCGUCCCGUCCCCAGUCCAGCUGUGAGUGAAGGAAAUCGUCAGGAAAGUCGUGGUAUCAACGUCCCUGCAACUAUGCAAGUCCAACCACCUUUGGUUUUCCUGACAACCCUGAGGUGUCUUGGGCCUGGUCAACGAGAGGCCAUGUUCUUGGCCUUGCAACGUGUAAGAGCCGAAUUCUGUUUGCGGUAA